UUUUAUUUUUAGGGUUUUCUUUACUUAUAUAUUGCAUUGUAGUGUUGGAAGCACUCAGGUAACAAACAGGAAAUUUCCAUGACAAACAAAAGGUAAAAAAAAAAAAAAAACGUUUGUUACUCCAGGCUUACAAGCGCGGUUUUCUCAGCAAAUAGGGCAUUAGUAAUAUAGGGAGUUUUAAGUUAAGAUUAUGCCACAGAUUAGGAACUUUCAAAACACUAAAUGCUCAGGCUCUUUUUAAUAAAGUGUUGUUUUUUUUUGUUCGAAUGUUCAAAUGAUUCCCGCUUUAGGCGAGAUUUUAAACUUUUAACACAUUGCUUUCUUUUUAUAAAGCCGAUAUAGUUCUGUCUAUAUUACAAAUGGCUUUGGAUAAGAGUUAAGUCAAGAGUAUUUGAAUUAUUGAUAAAAAGACAGAGCUAGACAAGAACUGCUUAAUGGCUAUUUCAAUUUAUUAAUGGAAAAGAUAAAUCAGAUAAAGAAAGUUCUCGAAAGUUUCAGAUUUUCCAACGCUUAACCGUAACUACCUUUGUCUUGGAUUCCUUAUAAUUAUUGCAUUGUUAUUUGCAUCCCUGUAUGAGUCAGAUUUUGUGCUAGAGAGUAUCAGCGUCAGGUAAGAAUAUUUUUCGGAUAAUUGUCAUUGUUGAUGGGUGCUAAAAAGUAGUUCACCAACAUGUCUCUUGUCUUCUGUUCAACCGAUCGUUAGCAAUACCAAUUACUGAUUUAGAGAAGACGAAUCCCCGCCAUUUUACAUCUAAAAGUACGUUUCCAUCAAUUGGUGACUGAGAUACUUUCUAUCAAAUGUUGUUCAUAAAAUAUUAGACUCAUACCGUGGAUGUUUUUUUAAGGUGUCUUGUUCUAUUUUGAAAUGUAAUCAAUAAUAAAGAAGGGAUUGAUCUAAAUUCUAUAAGGCUCCGUUUCUAAAAACGUUGCUUCCACUCCAUAAAUGAAAUGGAAGAAUGUGGUCAAUCACCUAAUGGUAGUUGUCCUUCCUUAGCUACAUAAAUUGACCACGCCUUUGUCUAUCUGGAAUCUCUAGAAUAGUUUGACUAUAUGACAUGUGAACUUCUUGUGUAUUGAAAGAAUAAUUAUUCGCCCUUGUGUUCUGACUGAAACCCGCCAUUUCGUUCACAUGUUGAUGGUGACCGUCAUUAAGGAUAUUCCCACUUUGAGUUGUCCGGGAGAAACAUUAGAAACCAUGAAAAGCACAGAAAACUUUCGCAUGGAGAUGGAGGCGAGAAGCACGGCCUUGGUUGUCAUAGAGACAUCGAUCCUCUUGCUCAUCACUGUCAGUACGUUGCUUGGAAACCUUAUGGUUUGCUGGGCGGUUUAUAACAGCAAGACGCUACGUACGGUUGCAAACAUCUACAUAAUUGUACUGGCGAUAUGUGAUAUUCUGAUGGGGGUCCUGUGUAUGCCGCUUUCAUUAGAGGUGUUUAUAACGGCGUGUUUCAAGCACGGGUACAACGUCGUCCAAUUCCAAGGUUUCUUCUCUUUCUUCCUCUCACUCGCCUCUCUACAGACCAUGACAGCGACAGCAGUGAACCGCUACUUGAAAAUCGUCAAGCCCGAACACCACCGAAAGUACUGCACAAUGAAAGCUACCCUUAUCACAAUACUCGUCACUUUCGUCCUUGCAGGCUCUGGUGCAAGUCUGCCACUGAUAGGGGGCUUUGCAGAUUACAUGUUCCAUUAUGGAAAAGUCUUCUCGUAUAUUAACUACUACACAAACACCGCAGCUUAUAUAUAUACCAUCCUAUUGAAGAUAGUCUACAUUACAGUUCCGACGCUCAUUUCCCUGUUUUGUUAUUAUAAGAUUUUUACUACGGUUAAAGCCCAUGCAGCGGAUAUGGAGAGUAACAGAGGGGCGGGACGUGGUGGAAUGAACGUGGAGGAGAUUAGGAUUUCUAAGGUGCUGUUUGCGACUGUUCUGGGGUUCGUGCUCUGUUGGACACCUGUCGCGAUCAUCGACAUGAUUGAUACUUUUAGCGACUACUCCCUUGUGUCUCCCAGGCAAAUCUAUCUGUUCUACAUCUACAUGGGCUAUGGGAGCAGCGCUAUCAAUCCCUGGAUCUAUGGUAUACUAAACAAAUCCUUCCGCAGAGAAUUUCUCAAGCUACUGCGCCUCAGGUUUCACAGCAGUCCUGGUUCAGAGGGGACUUCUCAUGUUGAGAACUCAGCGAUGGGGGCAACCUCUGCAGUCCGCACGGCAUAUUUACUAAAGAUCACUAAAGUGUCCUCCAUAGCACCUAGUAGCACUACAUAAGUGUAUUGAGACCUAUUUACUGUCCUACGAACGCCUCUCGUCACAUAUGGCCUUCAGAGAACUUCUCCAUUUUCCCUUAUCUUUUGCAACAGCCCGUGCCUCCUCCCAAGAGCGCACCAGCCACCACCUCUACUCUCUUUUUCCACCUGUUACCUCCCCGUCGUUCCUCUUCCUCUUCGGGUGCCACUUCAUUGUCACGCUUCUGUUAUAACUCUAUAUUGCCUCAGCCGAUCAUCUUCCAUCUUUCUGAUUUUGUCUUUAAGCGACUUGAAACCGCAGAUAAACCAUAAAGUUGACGAGACUUUUGAAGGAGAUCCACCCAAUUAUCUCCUCAAUGUCUUAAUAUAGGGACUUAUACUAAGAAGUCACGUUAUUUUUUGAGUCGCCAUAAUUAACGCAGAAAUGAAUUUGGCCAUCACGCCAGAGAUCGAUGAAAAUUGUUCCAAUGAAAAUGGCCCUUUUCAAAAAAAAAAAAUGCUUUUUACUAUCCAUAGUUUUGUCAACCAAAAAGUAACGUGAUUUCUUAGUGUAUGUUGCCUAUGGAAACCAAAGCUCGAAAGCCUGUCCUGAACAUUUGGGGCUGGAUAAAGGAUUCCAGCAAACUUCCAAAGAGGCAUGUUUUCUCUACGGUUUUAGUAGGUAACUAAACAAUGAGAGUACAGAAGUCAGCGUGUAUAGAUUCUUUUGCAAUCUCCUAGGGCAGCCUAGCUCAAGAUGAUAUAAAUAUAUAAACAACCGCUGUCUUGUCCUGCCUGUGUUGCCAUAUGGACAGGGUAUAUGUUUCUUGAAUGCGUGAUGUCUAUUCGAACAGAGCGCAAGCCACGCUCAGCGAUACUUUUCUUUUAGAUAAAAUUCUAAUCACCAUGUAUAAAGAAAUAGGUGGUUUGUGUAUAAAGAAACAGAAGCAUGUUGUGACAACGCAGAACUGCGUAUGCUACAUCUGUUGCGCAUCUUGUUUGCGCACGUUGCUUUAAAGUCCAUAUAACCUUUCAGAGUUGA